AAAGCUUGGCCGCUCAGGGAGUCUCGAGUAGAAGAAGUACUCCUUCCAGUGUUUAUUUGAAGUGGAUAUCUUUUCAAAAAAUAUCAAACCGAUCCGAGAUUGAAAGAGAUAAGUUCCCAGCUCGGAUCGCUUGGGGUAGUAGAAGUAAUGAAAGACUUGCGGGGUUAAAGGGAUGCUGUGCAGCUGGAAUAGGAUGACAGCGCCGCACAGCAGAUGAAAGGAGUUCGGGACGAGUUGUGGAAGAGGGACGCAAAAGUAAUUACAAACUUCAAUAAUAAAGGGGUGAAUGGGAAACCGCAGGCCGACAACAAACUGGUCUCGGAACAAGCAGAAGGUGUCGGUCAGCGGGUAAUUUGGCCGAUCGGCCGAAGAAGCCAAAAUCACCUCAUGAUUAUAAGGAAUUUCAAAGGUGUUCCUAAGGGAUUCAGCGUCACCCUCAUCGAACCUGGUCUCCAUGGUGGAGUACCAGAGCCUCUAGUUGAGGGGUUCGACUGCUGUGAAGAACUGGCCAUUGCCGGAGAAAGGGGAGAAAACGAGAAGUUCCGCGGAAAGGUCGCCAGAGAAACACAAAACAGACGUCGGGCUGGGGCGUGGGACAAGAGGAACAAGAUCGCUAAAGAUUAAACGGCAGGAAGGGUCAAAAAGGCUUACAGAAAGAGGUUGUCGGGGAAGAAGACGAACGGUUGCCGAAGCACUGGUCGCGCAAAGUCACCGGCAGUUGCUGAGAAGGAAGAUGCAAAGUGAAGACGGAGGCGGUGUUGCGGCUUUAUAAAGAUCAGCUCGGCCGACUGGAGCCGUCGGAUUUAGGUCACGGGAAUUGAAACACAAAUCCAGCCCUCGAAUUCAAACCACUAAACAUCACAUCAGUAGCUGUCACCUCAAAUGUACGACAACUGCGGCGGCGACACAUGGCAUACUCCUACAAGAUAGCAUUUAAUGGGUGACAUUAUUAGGCGUGGGUGCGUACUCGGCCUUAAUGGAGGAGAUUUGCACGAAUUCCAAGGAGAUUCCAGCUACGUCAACAUUUGACCACGCGGUCCGGGCCCAUCCAAAGACGCCGAAGGAAAAACCUCCCAAGUGCAAGCCAUCGGAUCGCCGAGCGGCCCAGAAGAUCAGUCUUGCACGGACUGGUCAGGGUCCAACUAGCAUCAUGGUCGAUCGGCCAACCGAUCUCCAGACUAUUUCUCCAGUCAGUCGGACUUACAACCUCCUUCGACUAGACUUGAGGGGGAGGCACGUGAUCCGGGGGUAAGGUGGGGCCUCGCCCCACAGGAGGUCAACACCACGUGGAAGGUCAAAGUCAAGGCAGUCAACGCCCCCGAGCUAGCGUCCGACCGGGCGACCCCAUCAGCCGAUCGGGACCCCUCCUUGGCCGGUCCGACGUUAUCACAACUCGGUCUCGCAUCGAGCUUCCGACGCUCAAAGACCCAGCAUCACCAAAGCAGGCGCCGAGCGGCUGGGCAUGUGCCGAGUGACUUGCCAUGUGCUAGGAGGACAUCCGGAUCAGCCAAAGAUCGGAUCACAGCCAGCGAAGCGGAAACACGACCCGGCAAGCCUAGACAGUGGAAGUAGCCGAACGGUCACCCCGCUUGGCCUAGACAGCGGAAGUAGCCGAGCGGUCAUCCGCUCGGCCCACUAGCAGGCAAAAGCAGGAUCGACUGAUAUCCUCCUCGAGACCUGUGCCGCCGACAAACAGCAUGGUCGGCGGCAUGAUCAUGUAUGAUCCGGCAGAGAAUCGUACAACGGAAGUUUCCACUGGCUUGUCAGGAUAUGCUCGGAUCAUUGAGGUAUGACGUCAGAGGUACUUUUUCUGACAUGUCCUUUCAAGGAAGACUUUGAGAAGCGUGCACGCUCGCUCUUGGGGUCCUAUAUAAGGAGCCCCAAGCUUCGUCAGAGGUAUGUAUAAUCUCUACUGUAGCUCCAGCUACACUGUCAUUUUGCUUCCCCGUUUCUUCUAUAUCCCGGUGUCUGACUUGAGCGUCGGAGGGUCAUCGCCGGGGAACCCUUCCCUGGCCUGGCACUGACGUCUUAUGGUUGCAGGUCCCGCCAACCAGGAGUUCAUCAGCGCUCAACAGGAGCGCCACACCCCCAGUUGCCAUUGCCUCGACUCUCGGAUAGGAUCACUGAAAAAAAAUGAUUCCCCUCAUUCAGAUUUCAAUACUACAAAGAGAGAAAAUGAAGACCAUCAUCCUGUGGAACUUAAUGAAUCUCUAGGCCCUACUGCAGCAAUUGAUGUUAGAAUGGAUACCGAAGUUGCUGAUUGUAAUAUUGUUCAAGAUCAGAUGAAUGAUGAAUCCCAGGCAUUCUUUUUUGACCCAGUAUAAAUCAAAAAGAACCAUUCGAAAUGGGCAUACAGUUCAGUUCCCUGGAGCAAAACCUUCAGUUUCAAUGAGGUAUGGCCCUUACAAGGACCUGAAGGCCACCUCAUCGGCCUUCGAUAAGAUUUGGACACAGAAAAAUAAACAUGAAGAGGCACCAUAUGACAGAAUUGAUAGGAUUCAUCAAGAUCAGUCAGUCAAUCCUGAUAGUUCUGAAGUUAUAAUUGGCUCUAUUCUUGUAGCACUUGGAAGUGGCGAUAGAACUAGAAGUAAGCCAGACAAGUUUCAUGCUAAACAGCACCCCCCAAACAGGAUGCUGUGGAAACCUGCGGGCCUCCAUGAUAACAGGAGUGCUACGAGCAGUGUGUCAAAUACAAGGAAAGAAAACUUUUCUCCACGUGAAGAAUUCACCGAUCCAGUUCCUGCUGAUGAGACCAAUUUCUCUCCAGAUGGGUGGAUGGACAGUACUUCUGAGGCACAGCAGGAUUUUUUAAUUUUAUUCUCAAGCAAAAUUGCAGAUUCUUUUCUCGGACAGCGAUGGAAGGAGGCUAUUGUAGCCAAUCAUGUGAGGCUAGUUUUACCAUUUGAAGUUGAAGUAUCUGAUGAUUAUGAUACUGCUGAAAACGGCCACUACGAGAUAAUGCCUGAAAAACCAUGUGCAUCAAAUGGCAUGGAGAAAGGGUACGAUAGCUUUGUAGGUGGCAGAUCCUGUAGCACAGAGAAAGCGUCGCGUAGAGCAGGCUCAAUCGAGCCUUCAAAUUCUUCCAAGCACAAAUUUAAAACUAAGCCUGAAAAGAAUAGCAAACUAAAAUAUGUUACCAAAACAAACACACAAUGCCAUGGGUGAGUGACUAGAUGACGUGGAAAAUUAGUUUAGUGUCAUUGUAAGAUGUAGGCUACGUGCACAAACUGCAGUUUUAUCAGAGUUCUUCUGUUCAUUUCACACUGAUGGUGAAUCCAAAUUCUUGAAGUAUCUUUGCUCCGGUAUGUCACUAUUGCCUUUUCCUUGUUAAUCUAGAACACUUGGCUGCAAUUUGUUAUGUCGCCAAGUCGAUA